UGUCAAAUAGAAAAGAAACGAAGCCUAGCUAAUUCUGGUGAAAACGGAGCGCUAUCUAUGCUCAUCUCAAAGUAAAUAUCUUGAAUUGGUGGAUUUAUUCCGUGACAUAUUCAGCUAAGUGUGUUUGAAAUGGCAUGCCUAUCGCAUCGUGAGUUGGAUGCUGUUCGAUCCAGCUUAGAAAAACAAGUUUCCAAGGUACUUGGUUCGGCAGACACAAACGUGUUGUCGGCAAUAGAAUCGAAUUUGUACAAUGGCUUUGAUCGGUGUAAACUUGUAAAGGAUCUUUCGUGCGUCAUCGGAGACAGUAAAGCACUGAGAAUAGGUGAUAAGGUGGAAGAUUUUGUUGAUAAUUUUAGAAGCCAUGGGCAACCCAUCCGCACAGCAGCUGCAGGAAAAACAACCAUCGAAUCAGCAUCAUCUAAUAAGCGUUCCGCUGAGCCAACUGUGGCAAUCCCAAACCAACCAGUCGAUUGGAAAAGAGCAAAACGGAACGAGGACAACAAAGAAGAAAUGUUACCUAAAAAUGGAGGAGAAGGAAAGAACAAUGGUCAAAACACGGAAGCUGCUACCAAAUUUUCCAUGGCCCAUAUACAAAUGAUGAUGGAAAAUGCCCAACGUCAAAUAGAAGAACGCAAAAAAAAUCUACAAAGCAUAAAAAAUAAUAAAAUAGCCAACAUACCGGCUUCUGCAAUAGCUGCAGCGGAUGCAGUGACUGCUAAAAUCUCUGCUGCUGCAGCGGCAGCAGCCGCAGCUGUCGGUGCAACGGAAGCGGGACCAGCCUCUACCACCAAUCCAGCCCGGUCUAAAACCAUCGACAGCAGCAACCUCCUGCCAGAUGUCAACGCACCAGCAAUUUCGGACGCUGAGAGGUCAAAGAAAAUAGCGCAACUGCAAGAGCAGAUUCGAUUGAAGUUGUCCGGGACAUUGGCGAAUGUGUUACCACCACCACAAAUGGUUCAAGACAAACCAAAACCAUUGAUUCUAGACGCCGAAGGGCGCACUGUUGAUGGAAGUGGUCGAACUGUAGUUGUACCGCAGUUGACACCUACGCUGAAGGCCAACAUUCGUGCCAAAAAGCGAGAAUCAACCAAAACCCAACAAGCUGCUGAACGCGUACAGAACGAUGAAGCCAACGACACACACUUUCACGACGAUCGCAUUGCACUUAAACCUGCUAUCAGGAGUAAACGUUCUUUACGCUUCCACGAGCCAGGAAAGUUUCAGCAACUAGCCGAACGUAUGCGAAUGAAGGCGCAGUUAGAAAAGUUGCAGAAUGAAAUUUCUCAGAUCGCACGCAAAACAGGAAUAAGUUCGGCAACUAAAUUGGCGCUGAUCGCCCCAAAGGCGGAAUCGCAUUCGAAUGAUGUGCCGCUUAUGGAGUGGUGGGAUUCGGUAAUACUGGCCGAUGAUUUAAAUACUUUUGAUGACCAGGGAAAUAUUUCUAUUAGAGAUUCAUCGAUCACUAAUCUCAUCGAGCAUCCCACCCAAAUGCGUCCACCAAACGAAUCAUCACGUUCCGUUUAUCUGCCAGUGUUUCUUACCAAGAAGGAACGGAAAAAACUUCGUCGGCAAAAUAGACGGGAAGCUUGGAAAGAGGAACAAGAAAAAAUUCGCCUCGGUUUGGAACCUCCGCCUGAGCCAAAGCUUCGCAUAUCAAAUCUUAUGCGAGUGCUAGGAACGGAGGCAGUGCAAGAUCCAACAAAAAUCGAAGCUCAUGUACGAGAACAGAUGGCCAAACGACAGAAACUUCACGAAGAAGCUAAUGCCGCCCGGAAACUUACUGAUGACCAGCGUCGUGACAAGAAAAUGCGCAAAUUAAAGGAAGACACCACCCUAGGUGUGCAUGUAGCAGUUUAUCGGAUUCGCGAGCUGCAAGAUCAGCAGAGUAAAAAGUUUAAGGUUGAAACGAACGCGAAGCAACUGUUUCUAACUGGUGUUUGCGUUUUGUUUCGCGACUGCUGUGUCGUUGUCGUAGAAGGUGGACCAAAACAGCAAAAGAAAUAUCGCCGCCUUAUGUUGCAUCGCAUCAAAUGGGAGGAGGAUUUAGUGAAAAAUGCAGAUGGAAACGAGAUACCCAAUGCGUGUGUAUUAGUUUGGGAAGGAACAAAUCAACGUCGGAACUUUGGUGAAUUUAAGUAUAAAUCAUUUCCACUGGAGAAAAGCGCCAGAGAUUUCUUUCAGAAGCAUCAUGUUGAACAUUAUUGGGAUUUAGCUUAUUCUGGAGCUGUGCUGGAAGCUUCUGAAGACUCCUAAAAUAAAGGAUACCAUUUCGGAUGGCAAAACAAUAAAAUUGUACUAAGUUUUGAGUGUUUUUUUCACGGGGGCUAAACGCUGAAUACUAUAUUAAUUCCUUUAUUUGUUCUUUAUUUCCACAUGCCAGUUGUGCUUAUUCGCUCAUUAAAGGAGAGUUUAGUCAGUAUUUCAUUCAAAUAGGUUUUCAAUUGAACGUUUUUGCACGAUUGUCUUAGCGCCAUCUUAAAUACAAUAGAGCGAAAAAAAGGCCGCGUGCGCCAUAAAAUGAAUGCGUUACCUCGAAAAAGGGCAUAAAAUAUAAUUUCCACCAAUUUGCAUAGAAAUUGCACCAUAUUUUAUUUCAAAGUAGGCACGAUUUUUUAAAGCCGAAAUUAGUAUAAUAGUCAUCUGAACAACGUAAAUA